UCCACGAGCUGCUGUCAGUCAGAAGGCUGCACAGUCCAAGAUGGGCUCCUCGCGGGCACCCCGGACGGGGCGUGUGGGAGGGCGAGGCACGAUGGCCCUACUGCUGGCCGCUCUCCUCCUGCCAGGGGCCUCGGCUAAGAGCAUCGGGACCUUCUCAGACCCCUGCAAGGACGCGCGUAUCACCUCCCCCAGUGACCCCUGUCUCACUGGGAAGAGUGGUCCCAGUAGCUUCAGCGGCCACAGUGGCUCCAGCAGUUCCAGCAGCUCCAUUUCCAGUUCCAGUGGCUCUGCUGGUGGCUCUGCUGGUGGCCCCAGUGGUUCUGGUGGCUCCAGUGUCACCCAGGGUGGUUCUUCAAGAUCUUCGUUAUCUAAGCCAGGAGCAGGGUAUUCCCAGAUCAGCUACUCCUCCGGAUCCAUCUCCUCCCAGUCCGGCAGCAGCAGCUCCCAACCAGGAUCUGGCUCAGCUCUAUCAACCAGUGAUGAUUCUUCCCCAUUAAGCUCUUCCCAGUCUGGAGGCGGCUCAAGCUCAUCUGUUUCCCAAAGCUCUUGGAUGUCCAGCAGCGGUGGCCAAAGUGUCAACUCUAACUUACGCCCCUGUAGUUCAGAUGUCUCUGACUCUCCCUGCAGUGGGGGGCCUGUUGUCUCCCACUCUGGCUCAAACGUCUCCAGCUCCCACUCCGUGUCGGGAGGUCAAAGGCCAGUGGUGGUGGUGGUGGAGCAGCAUGGCUCUGGUGGCCCUGGAGGGGUUCAGGGUACCCCCUGUAGCAGUGGUGGCCUUCCAGGCAAGCCCUGCCCCCCCAUCACCUCUGUAGACAAGUCCUAUGGCAGCUAUGAAGUGGUGGGUGGCUCUUCUGACAGUUAUCUGGUCCCAGGCAUGACCUACAGUGGGGGCAAAAUCUACCCUGUGGGCUACUUCACCAAAGAUAACCCUGUCAAAGGCUCUCCAGGUGUCCCUUCCUUUGCAGCUGGGCCCCCCAUCUCGGAGGGCAAAUACUUCUCCAGCAACCCCAUCAUCCCCAGCCACAGCUCUUCUAGUUCCAACAUCUACCAGUCGGGAGCUUCCUCAGCCAUUGUGUUCCAGCCAGUGGGCUCUGGUGGGGUCCAGCCCUGCAGAGUUGGCUCUAAGGGGCCCUGCUCCCUCUCGAGUUCUGGAGCCCACAGCAGUUCUAGCGUCUCCAGUAGUUCAUCCUUCCAUCCCUGCGGUGAUGUUUCACAGGGGCCCUGUUUCCCACCAGGCACUGGCUCCUUCAGCGGCACCUCCAGCUCCCAAGCCAGUGGCAAAAUCAUCCUUCAGCCCUGUGGCAGCAAGUCCAGCUCUUCUGGUCACCCUUGCCUUUCUGUCUCCUCCUCCACAUUGAGUGGGGGUCCCGAUGGCUCUCCUCAACCUGAUCCUUCAGCUGGUGCCAGGCCCUGUGGCUCCAGCAGCUCCGGAAAGCUCCCCUGCCGCUCCAUCCGGGACAUCCUGGCCCAAGUAAAGCCUCUGGGGCCCCAGCUAGCUGACCCUGAAGUUUUCCUACCCCAGGGAGAGUCACUUGACAGUCCAUAAGUGAGCUUUUGCAUAAGUGCAUGUGUGGACAUAUACAUGGACACACACACACACACACACACACACACCCCAUCUCUCAGUUGGGAGAAGUCCAGAGGCCCAGGUAUGGGUUAGCUCAGUUUCCCUCUUCCUUCCCAAGAGAGCUGAUCUCUUUCCUUCAUUGCUCCAAUAUGGCAGACUCCCCUUAUCACCUCUUUUUUCUUCAUCUCCCCAAAUUGUAGAUUCCAAAUUCCUUUCCUCAUUCUCUCCUGCUUAGAUUCGCCUUGUAGUGCAGUGCCCUCCCUGCCAGAUAACCAUUCCCUAAAAUUUCCUCUGCCAUUUCUUUGAGAUGGUACAAUCCAUUAGCUAACCCUACCUAUUCAGAUUCUUGACUGGGAAACCCCUGAAAUGUCCCAUAGUAACUCUGGUUCCUGGACAAGUCAUCCCCCCUUUUCCCUAUUUGCCAAAUAAAGCAUUGUCCAAACUGUU